AUGGCUAAAAGCAAAUCAACAACACCACAAAAAUCCGGUGGCAACAAGAAGUCGACACCAUCAUCAAAAAAGACAUCAUCCUCUCCGGUACCACCACAACCAGAAUUUAACUGGAAACGAUUUUUAAUUUUAUUCGCAAUUUUUCUAUUAAUUUUAGGCUUGAUGAAAACAAUCGAGUUUUUCAGUCCAGCCUUGGAGAAGACCGAAGGAACACUUGAUAUGAGAUCACAGGGUUACUUUAGUGAGCCUCCAGAAAUUGAAGUUUUUGAAUUGUUGGAAAAGUUGGGAUCGGAUGGAAGAUUUUCUCACUUGAUUAUUCAAUUUAUUGAUGCUUUUAUGUUUGUUCCUAUUUAUUGUAUGGUCUAUUCAUAUUUGUGGCUGUUGCUUGGUGAAGGAAGUUGGAAACCAUUGAUGAUUAUUCUUGUUGGUUUGAAUGCUUUGGUGGACACUGCUGAAAAUUUGAGUGUCAUUACCUUGUUGUUGUGUUAUCCAUUCUUUAGUGGUGUGAUGAAUGUCAAGACACUUGCAGAGUCAACUGAACCAAUUAUGAGUUUAUUGAGUAAGAAAAUUAGUAGUGGAGAUUGGCAAAGCAUUGGACAAGUUAUUGUGAAAGGUUUGGCCAGAAGUUUACAUUCAUUGACACCAACCAAGUUUAUGCUUGUUGGCUUAUUCUUUACAGUCUUGAUGGUAAUGACAAUUUUAUCACAUUUAACUCAUCAAGCAAAGGAGGAAGAAGAAGAGGAGGCAAAACAAGCCAAGGAAGAGGCUGAAGCAGCCAAUAAGGAACUUCCUCCUAUUAAAAUUAGGUUGGCAAAGGGAAGUACAAGAUUCGAGGAAGUCAUAGAUGAGGAUAGCUCUAAAAAGAAUGAUUAG